AUGUUCCUCCGCUACUAUAGUACUCAGACAGCUAACGACUUCAUAUCUUCUCACGAAAAUAGUGUGCUACCGCCUCCGCCUAGGUAUCCUACGCAGGCAGCGUAUAAUGCCGCUGUUGCUGCUGGCCAUGCCACCCCCAUGAUCGAGACGAAUAAUAUAUUAUCCAACCCCGAAGACCAAUUCAUAGCUGGAGAGGGAACAUACGUGCUUAAAGAAGAUCUUCUCCUUGCGACACCACCACCCCACCCGUCGGAAGCCCCAGUUGUUAACCCCAACCCGUUAGCAACGACACCACAACCAGCUACAACUGGGACCAAGAUCUCUCUCCUCAGUUUAGAAUCUCGAACACCACCUCCGGCUCUCUUUAAGCUAACCCCGACAACAACUACGCUAUCGCCGAGCAUCGCCGAACACCCGAGUGAAGGACGCUAUUCCAACGACGCGAAGCUAAGUAGUGAUGGCGAGGGAAGGGGCACAUCUAUAAGUGAUGGGGGACCGUCAACAUCAGCUACGGCAAUUUCGGCGCCAGCGUUCGGCGAUGGCAAUGCUCUACUCGUGCCGGAAAGGACUAAGGACCCCAAUAAGCGACGCAAACCCAAGAAUAACAUGACUAAGAGUAAUUCGUCCUUCAUCUCGCGGGUUAUCAUUAAUGAGGCUUUCUCGAAAAAGCUAGCUGACCGGCCAAGCGAUGGAUUGUUUGCUUUCGCCAACAUCAACCGGGCUUUUCAGUGGCUCGAUCUGUCGUCUCCUACGAAGGCUGAUUACCUAACUAAGAUUUUAUUUACAAAAGCGCAUUGCCUAAGUCAUGAUGUUAACCUGGUUACGAAGAAUUCAAGUCACAUUGAUAUCAUCAUGGGCUUCUCAACAGGCGAAAUCAUAUGGUGGGAGCCUAUAUCUCAGCGAUAUACAAGACUGAAUAAGAAUGGUGUUAUCAACAAGACGCCGGUCUCCCAAAUCCGUUGGAUCCCCGGAGCAGAAAAUCUAUUUCUCGCGGCGCAUAUGGAUGGAUCCUUAGUCGUCUAUGACAAAGAGAAAGAGGAUGCGAUUUUUAACCCUGAUGAGGAGGAGACCAAGUCUAAUGGAGAGAUCUCGACUCCUAAAGUUGUGAACCAUUACAAAGUGAUCAAUGUGUUGAAGUCGGUGCAUUCCAAAAACCAGAAGAGUAACCCUGUAGCCGUUUGGAAAUUGUCCAACCAGCGGAUUAACGCCUUCGAAUUUUCUCCUGAUAACCGCCACCUCGCGGUUGUAUCGGAGGAUGGCACAAUGCGUAUCAUUGACUAUCUCAAGGAAGAGCUUCUUGGGUUGUAUAAUUCGUAUUAUGGCGGGUUUACAUGCGUAUGUUGGUCGCCGGACGGAAAGUAUGUCCUGACUGGAGGGCAAGACGAUCUGAUCUCGAUCUGGUGUCCCUCAGAAACGUCACUCAUAGCGCGGUGUCAAGGUCAUCAGUCAUGGGUUACAUCUGUUGCGUUUGAUCCCUGGAGAUGUGAUGAGCGAAACUAUCGCUUUGGCAGCGUCGGUGAAGACUGCCGGUUAUGCCUUUGGGAUUUUAAUGUCGGGAUGUUGCACAAACCGAAGGCGACGGCGAGCCGGCAGCGCGGUUCUAUCUCUUCUCGACUCCCCAUAUUGCAGCGUGCUGAGACUCAGGGCACAUCGACCAGUAGGUUACGGUCAGAUUCUAUUGUCUCAGGAGUAGACUCAGAGGAAAACACGAUUGAUCAUCCCGUUGAGCCACGAUCAAGAACCGCGAUACUCCCACCAGUAUUGACCAAGCUAGCGGACAAGCAUCCAUUAAGCUGGAUAGAGUUCACCGAAGAGGCUAUUGUGACGAGCUGUAAGACGGGUCACAUCAGAACUUGGAGUCGACCAGCGGACUCCAUAGCUCAAACAGAUUUGUGA